GUUUGGGGCCGGGACUUUCCUUAUAUUCUGAAACUAUUGGGUUACAAAAUGUGACGAAAAUUUCCCAAAUAAAGUAAACCACUAUCUAAUAUAAAAACGCUUCCGUUGCUAUGCGUUUUACAUGUUCAACACUUGAGAAGGGGUUGGAGGUGAAUUAACUCGCAGAUUUGCAGUUGGUGCUAGCCCAGUAUUAAACUUGGUAGCAACAUCUAGGAGACUUGUUGGUCGAUAAUUUGGUAAAUUACACAUUGGAUCGAAAAAUGAUAGGUUCGGCAUUAAAGGACGAUUUAACUAUCCUGGUCAAAUAGCCAGGAACCACCUGUGGCAUAUGUCUGUUAACCUUUUUUUACACCACAAGUAGUUUUAAAUUACUAUGGGUACCAAUACUAGAAAUAAGAAAAAUAAAGAAGCAAAUAUGGAUGGUCUAUCAUCAGAGGAACUUGAAUACUUGAAUAAAAACCAUAUAGAACCUCUUAAAACGAAACGUAGAUGUGGACUUUUAUGCAAUGUUUGUGGAAUGGUCAUGUCUACGGUUGCUGCAGCUAUUCACCAUACCUCUUCGAAUUCUCAUAAUGCGAACCUCAUGACCGCUGAACUAAAAACAACUCUUCUUUAUUUGCCUCCCAUCACGGAUUCCCAUAGAACUGCGUUAGAUUCAGAACUAAAGUCCGCUUUUCUUUCUGUUGUGGCCGAUACCUGUGAGAUGCAGCGACGACAGAAUUUCUCAAAUGAUCUGAUUGCUGCUAUUGAAGCUCGAAUUCCAAAUAUAAAAGUUCGAGGAACUGGUAGUUCCUGGUUUGGUUUAGCCUUACCAGAUAGCCACUGUUCAUUGGAUGUAAUUUCUCCAAAUGAUUUUGACGAGAAUAAAUUACUAGCAAUGGACCCGACAAUGGAUGAUGCUGGUGAAGAUAACGACGGUGACGAAGAGGGCGAUGAUAAUGAUGUUCAUGAUGAUGAUGAUGACGACGAUGAUGAUAAUGAUCAGUCUAUUCCACAGCCUGUAUGUGGUCAGUCAACAAAUAACACUGAACAAUCAAUGGGAAUUGGUUAUGUUCUUUCUAAUAUAUUCGAUUUAUUACAACUGAAUGCAUGUGAAUCACCAACUAACACACCACGCAUACAAACAAUUUCCGAAAAAGCUACCUCGUGUAACUGUUCUCCUGAUCACAAUACAAAAAUGAAUGAAUUAUCCGACAAACCUAAUUUCCCCAAAUUUCAUACUGUUUUGCGUACAAGUGGUGACUACUUUUAUCUUUCUCUGACGGAUUUCUAUGGUGUACGUUAUCGUAUUAGUACUGGUAAUCCGUAUGGAUAUGAUUUGGCCAAAUUGAUUAAUACUUACCUCAAUUUAAAUGAUCAAGCUCGACAAUUAGCAAUAUUAUUUCGUAAAUUAUCACGGUUGGGCCAUUUAGAUAUGCCGGAAAAUGGUACAUUUGAAGAAACAGUCAUACCUCUGUUAGUUAUAUUCUACUUACAACAUUGUGAACCUCCAUCACUUCCAAAUCUUCAUAUGCUUUACCGCCAACAUCUUCAUGAAAUUCCUGAAAAUUCUUAUCAUCAGGUUUUGGCACCCAAUACUGAUUGUUCGUUUAUUACAGACAUUGAAUUGAUUCGAAAGUUAUGUCCUGAUCAACCAUAUUCAUCUUCGUCUAACAAUUUACCAUGUUUAGCUGAUUUAUGGCUUGGUUUCCUCAGAUUUUAUUUAUUUGAUUUUAAAACUUCUUCUUGUACGAUUAAUGUUGUGGAACCUGAACCAGUGUCAUGUUUUAAUGCUUCUGAAAAGCGUUGUUUUACAGUUACCGAUCCUUUUAACCCUAAACAUAAUCUCUGUAGGAAUUUAACUCAAGUCAGUCGAGAUUAUAUCAAUUCACAGUUAUUAGCGGCCUACGGUUAUUUCGGUGUGCCACGAUUGGCCACUAAUGGUCGACAUUUGUUCACGCACAUUUCUGUUGUUGAAAAAUCCCCUGAUGAGCCAAAAGAUGUUUGUGACAAGUUGGAUCAGAAUACUAGUAGUAGUAUCAGUCAAACAACCAUGUCUAAUGAUAAAAUGACAGCAUCUGCAGGUAUUCAUUUAACACCUAUCAUUGAUGAUUCUGACAAUUUUGAAUCAAAUCUGAAUAAAGUAACAAAUUUAAUUACAGAGAAAUUUCAAUUACUUUCAAACGGCGCCACUAUCAAACAUUCUGUCCUACCAUCAACUGGGGAAGACAUAUUAGAGAGUUCAUCAACUAUUGACCACACAGCAUUGGAUAAUUCAAUGGCUGAACAGAAAGCUCUUCCAUUUUCAGAAAUGUUUUCAUAUAUUCUUACAUAUGUCAUGGAUGAAUUAUUUGAGUCAAACAUUGUACCCGAUCUUGUCAGUGGAUGCUUGAAAAUGUCAGAAAAGAGAUUUUUCGUUCCCAUAUCGUCUUCAUUUAAGCUUAGUUUGAAUGAUUUUAUCCAGAUUACACGAAAUUUCGCUUAUGACUACUGGCUAUCUUUUUUCAACACAUAUAUUAGUAAAGGAAAGUUUUCAGCAUCAAAAAGAAUCAUCACAAAAACCACUUUGUCGUUAUUUUGUAAAAGUGUUAAAUUAUGGUUAGAUCGUUUAAAACUACAAAAUGUUGUUGAUAAUGAUAUUUCAUUGACUCAACUUGUGAAAAUGAAUUGUUCAAAUGAAAAUAUAUUUGAAGAUCAAUAUAAUCAUCAAAUGUCUCCUAUAGAAAUGAAUCAAGAUUCUAGUUUGCUAAGUAAAAAUAUUGAAGAUGAUUAUUCAGAGCCUAUAGUUAGACAAAGUACAAAUAAUUUUCUUGAUGUUGACGAAUAUUCGAAUCUUGAAGAAGUCAAUCAUUUACAGGAAGUCGAUAAUCCAUAUGAUAUAUGUAUGACUGUUUCAGAUGAUUCCUUUUUGGAUUGUAAUUUAGAAAAUGAUUUUAAUGACGGUGAAAUAUAUGAACACUUAGAGUGUACUCUUGAUGUAGAUUAUAAUGAUGAUAUAAUCGAUCCAAUCAGUACAUCUUCAUCUUUUGUGGACAAAAAUUCUGAACUUUUAGAAACUUUGACUUCUCAAGGAAGUAAUCAAAACAGAAUCAAAUCGUCUAACACUAACAAUUUAACAUCAAAUGAUUCACAUCAAGUCAACCAUUUGUCAUCCAUAAGUUGUCCAUCAAAUGUAUUAGUUACUGCUUCAAAUGAACUAACUAGACGUGACAAUAAAUUAACUAAAACAGCACGUAAAUCUGAGAAAAAACAACAAGGUCAUUCUAACAAUAUGUUGAAUUCAAAUAAUAAUACAACUGCAUCAAAAUUCAGUCCUACCAAAGCUAAGAAAAAAAAAGCAGCUAAAAAGCUUGAAUGGGAAGAUGUGAUUUCGUCACGUUCUGCAGUCGCUCCUCCUAUUGAUGAUGAUCGUCCAGAUUAUUAUAAUUCUAAGCUUCUAGAGAAUUUACAACCGGACGAUUUUGAUUUUAAAUUUGUAUCAAAUAUGAACUUAUCCUCUAAUCGUCGACAUAAUCAAUCAUCUGUUUUAGGUUUAGCUUCACGAAAUCAACCAUCCACAUUAUUAGCUCAUUUCGAUGCACCUCAACCUCAAUGUCAAGCUUGUAACUUAACUGGUCAUCGACAAUCACAGUGUGAAACUACCAGUGAUAAAUCCGUAUCAUUUUUAGCAUGGCAUAAAUUAUUGAAUAAAACGCCUUGGCCACCAAUCGCUGAACAAAUAAAAAAUUUAACUUAUUGCCUAAAUUGUUUAGAAGAACAUCAUGAAACUUAUAAUAAAGUUAAUGCACGUCAAGAACUAGUUAAAAAAAUUCAUCAAUGUUUUUCAUAUCGUUUCCCUUCUGUUCAACUUGAAUUAUUUGGUUCUUGCGCUAAUGGUUUUGAUCUACAGACAAGUGAUUUAGAUGUUUGUGUUUUUUUUCCUGUUGGAUCAACAGAAUGGAAUUAUUUAAAGGAUAAAAAUUCAACAAAUAUGUUAAUUCGAAAAUUCAAAAAACAAUUAUCUUAUUGUAGAAAUCGAUUAAAUAUUACUCAUAUUCAACCGAUUCUCACAGCUCGUGUUCCAAUAUUGAAAGUGUCUUUUAGCAAUUCAUUUGAAGCAGACAUAAGUUUUUCAAAUUACCUGGCUCUUUCAAAUACACGAAUGCUUGCAUUUUACACCAAAGUUGAGCCAAAACUUCGUACUCUAGGAAUUGCUUUAAAAACUGUCACAAAGAUAACAAAAAUUGGGAGAGCGGCUGCCGGUGGUAUUUCUUCUUAUGCUUGGAUCAUUAUGCUAAUCCACUAUCUUCAACAAAUUGAUCAACUCCCUGUUUUACAAGAACUUUAUGAAGGAUCAACAAAACCAACUAAUCUUGUCAACGGUUGGAAUGUCUGGUAUCAAAAUGAUUUAUCCGUUAUAAAUCGUUUAUGGAAACCAGCUAAUCCGUCACAAUCAGUCGGAGAAAUGUGGUUGGGAUUUCUACGUUAUUAUCUAUUCGAGUUCAAUCGUGAUAAAUAUGUUGUAACUAUCAGACAAAAGAAAUUGUUAAUACGAUUUGUGAAAAUGUGGAGAUCAUUAUUCGCUAUUGAAGAUCCUUUCAAUUUAAAUCAUAACCUUACUGCUGGUUUAAGUCAUUCUAUGUUUCUUUAUAUUCUUACCGUAUUCCACACGGUUCUUGUUCAUCAUACUACAUUCUUGCCCAAACAAAUGUCCAUAAAUCAAUGGUGCUACCAUUUGUUUUCGCCAGAAUACAUUGUUGUCGAUAAAAGAUUUUUAAAAAAUAAUAUACUUUGUUUUAUAUGUAAUCAAACUGGACAUGGAGCAUUUGAAUGUCCAAGAAAUAAAAAGAGAAAUAAAAGAGAUAAUUCUGACAUAGUUACAUUACAUUCACUGAUUGGUCAUUUUUUACAAAAAGCUCAAGCAUCACAAUCAAAUUCACAGGAACCUAUGGCUCAACAUUAUGAUAAUCAAAUCAAAAUCGUCACAAACAUAUCAUCACAUACCUAUAGGAAUCCUUUUAAACCACAAAAUAGUUACCAAGUUCGACCGAUAAGAAAUAAUUUACAACAACAACCUAUCACUUCCAAUUAUCGUCAUGUACAACCGCAUCAUGUAAAUAUACGUACUAAUUCUCAUUCAAUACUUCCUUCAGUACCGUACCCAACUCCUUUGCUUCCGAAUAAUACUGUUGGCUCUAUCCCUAAUUAUGCUUUCGUACUUAACAGUUUAUCAAAUAAUCUUGUGCAAUCUAAUAUCUAUGGUCGACAACAAUCCUUUCCUCCGUCCUGUUAUUCAUCAUCUGUUGGUUAUGUAAACAAUCAACAAUAUAGAAAUACUGAACAAGCGAAUCACCCAGUUAAUUACCGGCCAAAAAGUCAACAAAAUAAUAAUAAUAAUAAUGAGCCUAAAAAAUAUCAUAAAUCCAGUCGGGUAUCCAGUUCAAGUGUUUAUGAAGAACAGUUUUCAUCUGUUUCAUCAGACCAUUCAAUAGGUGUUACGCCUAAUAAGUCUCCGUGUGAGCCAAAAAAGUAUGACAAUAAACAGAACGUGUCUAAUCCUCAUCAAACUAAUGAUCUAUCACGAAAAUCACAUUAUCAUAAUUCAAACUACAAUGAUCCUGGGAUCAAUAAUAAUUAUACUUCUAGAAGUACUUUGUCAUCCUCAGGGAAUCAAACAAAGAGUUGUAGUACAACACCAUAUCGACAAAAACAAUCCGAUUCUCCAUUGAAAGCGAAAUCAAAUUUUCAACAAUCCUCACAAAAGCAAAAAUACUCAAUAUCUAAUGAUCUAGGCAGCCGAAAUUGUCAACGUUUUGGCGGUCCAAAUAAAGCACAAUUAUCAAAUAAUGAUGAUGAUAAUAGUCAUUUAUUAGAUGAAAAUUUAGUUAAACGCCUUCACAAUAUGUCCACUACAUCCUCAUCUUCACAAAAUAGCAAUAAUAAAUACUGA